GGGCGUGGUCUCGGGAGAAAUUUUAGCGGAGAGUUCUGCGGGGCUGAACUGGAAGCACUGGUGUGGAUUGGUGAGCUGAGGGGUCUGUACUGGGAGCACUGGCUGCCGAAGCCCAGCACAGGAGCUGCACUGGAAGCCGUACUGGGAGGACUGGUCCGUGCCGGUUCCACCAUGGCACUGCCGCCCGCCACGCUGCUCCCCGGGGUGCUGCUGGUGGCUGACGCGCUGGCACUGGUGUUACUGGGGCCGCUGGUGCCGGCCCUGGCGCCCAUGGGGGUGGCGGGCAUGUGGCUCGAGGCCGCCCUGCGCCUGCCCUUCCUGGCCACAGCCCCCCGGCUCCUGACCCCGCACCGGCCCCCCGGAGCCACCGCGGCCGCAGUCGCCGCCGCCGCCACCCCCGCGGUCUUCGGAACCCUCCGGAGCCUCCUGGGGCCGCCCGGGGCCAGGCCGGGGCUCUUGGCGGCCGCGGCGCCUGCCUGGCUCGGGGUCACCCACGCGGCCACUGCACUGGCCCUGCUGGCCUGGGCCACACCUCUGAUGCCCGGCAGCGUCCCUGAGGCCUCUCCCGGUGUCCCCAAGACCCUCGGCUGUGUCCCCAAGGCUCCUGCUGCCUUCCGGAGGGUCCUGGCGCUGGCCUGGUCUGAGUGGAAAGUCCUUGGAGCCGCCUUCCUUUGCCUCAUGCUGGCAGCCACUGGGGAGACGGCGGGGCCGUACGUCACCGGGAAGGUGCUGGACGCCAUCAGGAACAGAGACGGACUCACCGCUGGAGCUGUUGGGAUGGUGGUGGCCGCCGAAGCAGCCAGUGUCCUGUUCUCUGGGUGCCGUGGGUGGCUCUUCCUGCUGGCGGCAGCGCGUCUCCGGCAGAGCCUGCGCCUCCAGCUCUUCUCCCACCUGGUGCACCAGGACCUGGAUUUCUUCCAGGGAAUGCCGGCAGCCGAGCUCUCAGCGCGGUUUUCCACGGAGGUGCCGCUGGUGUCCAUGGCGGUGCCGAGGGGAACCAACCUGCUGCUCCGCAGCCUGGGAAUGGCACUGGUGGUGGGGAUGGCCAUGGUGUGGCUGGCACCGGGGCUGGCACUGCUGGCACUGCUGGAGCUGCCCCUCGGAAUCACCACCCGCCGCAUCCACAGCGCCCGGAAACAGGCGCUGCAGCGAUCCAUGCUGGAAGCAUCUGCCCGGACGGCCUCAGAGGUGCAGGAAUCCAUCGCCGCCAUCGAGACGAUCCAGAUCUUCUCAGCAGAGGAGGAGGAGGAGGAGCGGCACAGCCAGAACCUGGACAAGGAGCUGAGGCUGAAGGAGCAGAUGGAGUUGGAGUUGGCAGGAUUCACCCUCAUCCAUAGGGUCCUCCGACUGGCCAUCCGGGUCCUGGUGCUCUUCCGGAGCCACCAGCAGCUCCGUGAUGGAUCCAUCACUCCUGGGGUCCUUGUCACCUUCCUGCUGUACCGGGACACGGUUGGCAGCCAUGUCCAGGUGCUGCUCAUCGGCUUCAAUGAAUUCAUGACCAACAUGGCUGCUGGGCAGAAAAUCUGGGAAUACCUGGAUCAGGAACCCACGAGGGACACUGGGGGGACACUGGAGCCUUCCAAGCUCCGGGGUGACAUCACCUUCCAGAGGGUCUGCUUCACAUAUCCCGGGCAUCCAGAGCGCCCUGUGCUGAAGGACGUGUCCUUCGAGGUGCGUUCCGGGGAGGUGACGGCACUGGCAGGGCCCAAUGGGAGCGGAAAGAGCACAGCCGUGGCACUGCUGGAGCGGCUGCGGGAUCCUGGGAGCGGGAAGGUGCUGCUGGAUGGGAUCCCACUGCAGGAAUAUGAACACCAGUACCUACACCGGCAGGUGGAGAAAGCAGGGAGACUGGGAACACCAGGAGCAGGAUGGAGACAAUGGGACAGGUGGUGCUGGUGGAGCAGGAUCCUCUCCUGUUUUCCGGAACGAUCCGUGAGAAUGUUGUGCUGGGGCUGGAGCGCUGUGAGGAGUCGGAGCUGCGGGAGGCGGCCACUGCUGCCGGAGCCAUGGAGUUCAUCCAGGGGCUGGAACAAGGCUGGGACACCGAGGUGGGGGAGCUUGGGGGGCGGUUGGCGGCGGGGGAGCGGUGUCGCCUGGCCCUGGCCCGGGCCCUGCUCCGGCGUCCGACUGUCCUCAUUCUCGACGAGGCGCUGGAUGACGGAGACGAGGGGGCGGCGCAGCGCUGGGUGCGCACUGGGCUCGCCCGGACCGUGCUGGUCGUCUCCCACCGGCCGCGGGUGCUGGAAGCAGCCGAUCGCCUCGUGGUGCUGGAGCGUGGGGCCGUGGCAGAGGCAGGAACACCGACGGAGCUGCGGGAACGCCACGGGGCCUACAGCCGCCUGCUCCAGGGCGGAGGUGGGACCGGGCAGCCCGACGCCACGGGAGAGGGAGGCAGGGAAUAAAGGGAAAUUGGUGUCCCCAUUCCUGGUGUUUGUGUCCCAUCCCUGUUUCUAGUGUCCCUAGUCCCUGUGUCCUGUGGGUCCCUCAUCCCGCCAUCCCCUGGAUCCCCACUCCCUGUGUCCUUUUGAUUCUCCUCCCCAUUCCACCAGGGAUGGGAAGUGGGGGGGGGUAUAGCGAGGGGCUUAAUUUCCAGCUGGGCUUAAAACCACAACAGUGGGGACAUGAGGGACAUGUGGUGGGCAGGGACACAGGGAACACAAGGACCAAAGUAAAACUUGUAUGUUUAAUACAGUUUAAUAAUUGUAAAUAAAGUAAAAUGCAAUAAUAAUGGUAAAUGAUAAUAAUAAUGGUAAUAGAAAGAGAAAACAAA